UUAUUUUCGGUUUGUAAAAGAAGGUCGAAUCCUCUCACUCAUACGACGUGAGUACACUUUUGUGUCGACCCGACCGUCAUUUGGUCACGAUACUGGCGCGUGGAUUUUACAAACGUAGAGUCAGUCCACGAUGUAAACAACCGCAUCUGUAAUAUAGACGAACGAACACACUUAAACUUGUUAGUCUUUACUUGUUGUUUUCCAAAACAGUUGUUUCGAAUCUAGUGCAUCUCCUAUUUCACGCUAUGUUAACUGAAAGCAAUCUUCAAAAGCUAGAUGCAGCGCACCAAAGCUCUAGCUAUAACAUGAAUAAGCUUUGCCGGCAAGUGUCGAUCGAGUCCCCGGCUGGCGCAAGCAGCGAAUGCGUCUUCAACUUCGAAGUCCCGGUCCCAGAAGUGCCCCCAAAUGGGGCCCGCAUUCGGGUGGUGUGUGCCGGCGCUUGCUACCGAAUGCGCAACCGAUCGCCAUCAACCACCAGCAUUUCAUCGGUCCAGUCGACCGAAGAGUCGUAUUAUUCGGGGAACCACGGCAUCCGGGACGGCGCCCUCUUUCCCGGCUACGAGGUUUCUGGAAUAAUCGACGCGCUUGGGAGCGAAGUCACACCAACGGGAGACAUUGCUGUGAACAAGCGGGUGAUCCUGUACCCUUACGACGGGAUCCCGCACGGCUAUGCCGAAUAUAUCGUGGUCCACGACGUUUCCUUCCUGGUCCCAAUCCCCGAUAACUUACCGCUGGGGGUCGCGGCCAUGCUGCCGACUGGGGCCCUGCUGGCCAAAAGCGCCGUCUUCACAGCGCACAAAUACGUGACCGAUUUGCUGAAAACACGGGCCGAUGACCAGAUUUGUAGGAUUUUGAUCGUGGGGACUGGAGGACUGGCACUUUGGGCGAUACGUAUCGCGGAGCACCAUUUCAAGUGCAAGGACAGGGUACAGAUAACUGUGGCGAGCCUCAAGGACGACGGAUUCAAACUUGCCAACGAAUUGGAAAAUAUAACUCUAGUCCAGUGGAACGAAGAAGUGCACGAAAAACAGCUGAUCGACAGGACGAAGGACGCCUGCAAGGGGCUGGUGGACAUAGUCAUUGAUUUCGGGACCACGUCCCGAUCGCUGCACAGGUCCUUGCAGUGUCUCAAUACCGGCGGGGUCGUGCUCGUGAGUGAGGAAGUCGCCGAGCGUUUGUUGCCAAAAUUCUCCACGUUAAUUAACAAAACCAAUCAAAAAAUUGAAGCCGUGUCGGGCGGUUCCAUCGAACAGCUCAAGGAAGUUGUAGCGCUUGUGGCUUCAGGCGAGAUUAUACCGCCUCCACACACCGAGUUUUCGGCAGAGGAAGCCUCGACAGUUGUGCAAAAGCUUUGCCGGUCUGAGAUACCCGGACGGGCUAUACUCCGUUUUCAGAACAUCCAGUAACUGGCGGAUAAUUAUUUUUUACGUUUUGUCUAUUACACCUGCAGAGAGUAUUCCAAUGAAGGCCGAUGAGUUGACAAAAUAUUUGGUUGCUGGUUGCACCAUCGGUAUUCGUAUUUUCGUGAUCCAAAGUAUUUAUGGCUAAAUUUUAAGUAUUAAAGAAUUCUAGUGUGUACAAAAGCAAAUUAAAAGGUUUUUAUAGUAUUAUAUAAACUGUAUAUGCAUUUACGUUCAGUAUCACUUCAAAUUUUCGCAUUUGGUUAAGUUUUAUCUUUGUUUCACUGUAUUAUUGUGUAAAUAUUUUAUUAAUAUAUUGUAUUAAAUAUA